AUGGCCCUGGACUACAGUUCUCAGAUACAGAAGUCAGCAGAUUUGGGCAAUGCGACACCAUUGUUGUCUGUUCGUGAUUCUGACAAAUCGAGGCCUUAUAUUCCGCGCGCCGGAAUUUCCACUGAUGGCUGGUCUGAAGAGGGCGAAGCAACAGCGACAUGCUUUUGUGGCACUAUUCGGCUUGCUUUUCCAACAAACGCGCCUGGCCUCGUAGACUCAUUCGUCUGUAAUUAUGCCGAUUGCCGCAAACUUACCGUUGCGAUGUUCACCUCAUUCAUCACAAACGAUGAGUAUCUCAAGCACCUCCGUGGCCGCGCCAACCUCAAGACCUUUGCACAAAACGCCUCUAUUGCCAGUCAGACUCUUAUGACGAACUACUUCUGCGACACCUGUGGAACUUUAAUGUAUCGUAUUGCUGAAAGGCUCCCUAGACGCAGUCUCUUGAGAUUAGGCACUGUAGAUGAUUUCAAUCUCGCGGAGACAAAACUCAAACCAAGGACAGAAAUUUUCACCAAGGAUCGCGUCAGCUGGAUCCCAGGCGUACUUGGUGAAGAUGUGAAGAGUUUUAAGGCCAGUCCGGCUUGA